AUUAAAACAAACAAACACACACAUCGGGAGCGUGUGGGAUUGUCUAAUUAAAUAUGUGGGUUGUUGAUAUGAUGUUGGGGGUUGUGUUGUGGGUUGUGUUGUCUGUUGUUAUACCAAUGUUUGGCUUUGUUGUUAUGAUAUAUCUGGUCAUUGUGUGUGCUGUUUUUAUGAUGUUGCGGGUUGGUCUUAUGAUGUUGCGGGUUGUUCGUAUCAUCAAUAGGGAUAAAUACAGCCAGCUGGAAGGAAAUCUACCAGACAUCCAAGAGUUCGUUGAAAUAAUAGAUGCCUUUCAAGAUAUAAUGUCGGUCGUUGUUCUUAAGAUGUUACUGAUCAUAUCGCGGAUGUUGCGGUAUCAGAUGAAGAAGAAAAUGGAGAGAGUGAGGGAUGAUCUCAAGAAGUUACAAGAAAGGCUAGAAAAGGCCUACCGCAACUUGGAGUAUGCUGAUGAGGAGAUGAUGAUUGUCCCGUAUGGCACCACCAACACCUUGUUUCAUAAUUUGAGAGCUGUUUGUAAUGACUUGCAAGACAUCAGUGAUGAUUUAUUUAUGCAUGAGGAUAAAUUGAAGACAAUGGCUAUAGUGCAGAUUUACGAGGUGGUUCAUAUUCUAAAUUCAAAAGGAUUCUGAAGCUAGUUAAUGCAAAACUCCUCCAUCAGUGCUCCAAGUAUCUCCUAUUGGCAUUAGUAUAUAUCUGGUUGUCUACAUACUUAUUACCACUUCUAUGCUUUCUCUGUGAAUCACUGCAGGAAGAUCUUCACGUUUAUAUAGAUUGCAAUAAAUAAUAAAUAUAUAAAUAAUGUAUCUAUAUGUUUCAUUCUGAUUCUAUCCAGUGAUAUGAAUAAU